AUCGCAAGUAUCGAGUAUCGAACAACCAACAUGGCCACCAGCCGGCGCACUGCGAGGUCUGACGCUACGCUUUCAGGCGACUGUCAAAAACGCGACACAACGUGAUACGCGACGUGAAUCGCAAAAUUCGUCUCGCGCUUUGUGAUAUCGUGCGGUUAAGAUGGGAAUCUUCUUCUCGAAGAAGAAACAGAGCCGCGUCACCGAUCAGGACAAGGCGAUCCUGCAAGUGAAAGAGACCAGGGAUAAAAUAAAGCGGUACCAAAAGAAAAUGGAACAAUGUUUGGAGAAGGAACGAUUGCUUGCAAAAGAACUCUUGAAAAAUGGAAAGAAAGAUCGUGCAAAACUUUUGUUACGCAAGAAGAAACAUCAAGAACUAGUUUUGUCACAGGCAGAUGGCCAGUUAGAAAAUCUUGAACGUAUGAUCCACGAUUUGGAAUUUGCUCAAGUUGAGAUAAAAGUUGUCGAUGGCCUAAAAGUUGGCAAUACAGCAUUGAAAGAAUUACAUGCAUUGUUGUCUAUCGAUGAAAUCGAAAAAAUUAUGGACGAAACGACAGAGGGUAUCGAGAAGCAGAGAGAAAUAGAUGAUGUAUUAUCUAGGGUGACGUCACUUAUUUCAGACGACACUUCUAUUGAUGACCAAGAUAUCGAAGCAGAAUUGGAAGCAUUGGUGGAAGCAGAUAUCAAUGAGAAAGCUCCCGAAAUACCAAAGGACGUUUUAUUACCAGAUGUGCCAACAACGCAACCAGCAGAGAAUUUGGAGGAGAAGGAGCAGGAGAAGAAAAAUCGUACGAAAGAAAAGAUUCAAGAACCAAUUGCAGUAAUGGCAUGAAACUUUUAGGAAUUAAUAAACUUUUGCUAAAUUAAUACUUUGUGCAAUAAGCUAUGUAUAUAUGUACAGUAAACACGUACUAUAAGUAUAGUUUAUAAAAUUUAAAAUACAAAUCAAAAUUUUAGCUCAACAAAAUAUAAUGAUUUUUAACAUUUUGCUGUAUUAUGAAAAAUAAAAUCCAUUAUGCAAUGUACAUAUUAUCUGAAUAUAAAAAUGCAAUGAUGUAAACCAUGUGGAGCAAAUAAACGUAAUUUUUCCAUGUAUUACACUUAAUAUAUGAUCAACUGUACAUAUAAUAAAUAUAUUUCUCCGUGCAUAGAUAAA